CGUCAGUUCCCAACCUCAAUGUGGAUCACACCCACCUACGACUGGAGCCCCGUAUCCUUUCGUUGCGACAGUGCUUGCCCCCGCAGGUGAUAACCUGAGACCCCGAGCCCGGCACCGGAGGGCGAGAUGAACGCGCUGGCCUCCCGAGUCGUCCAGAUCUGCGAUCGCUGGUGGCAACCCGAGCCGGCCCUCCUGCCCCCAGGGUGAGGCGCAGCCCCGAGUCGCCCAGACAGAUGGCCCCAGGCCAAGUGCCCCAUCAUUGUGCCUCCUGGAGGGAAACCUACCCCUUUUUCCUCUUGUGCCCACUGAUGGGCCUUCUCAGCAGGGCCUGGAGCCACCUGAGGGGCCCAGGACCCCCAGAACCCUGGCUGUUGGAAGCAGUAACCGAAGCUGAUCAGGGAGAAGCUGGCCUGGGGGUAGAAACCAAGACAUUUCCGGCCACCUGCCAUGCCCCCUGGGUCAGGCACUUUCAAGGGGAAACUGGAGACAGUGGAGCAGCUGAGGAGGAGGGAGAAGCAUUCUGGGAGGCCUGCCAUGAUUUAAAAGCCAACCGUUCUCCUCUUAAAGCCUGGGAACUUUCAGAAGUUGAUGACGAAGAAUAUGCUGGGGACCAAGCAGCCAGUGUCCCUAAAGAGCAAGGAGGUGAAUUUAGAAAUGGCCAGCCUGCUCCCCUGUCCCCCAGCCUUCUAAGAACCCUGCAAGAACCUCGUGGAGAGGAGCCAUCUGUGGAAGGAGGAGCUGCUGAAAAUGAAAUGAUCACGUUCUUCUCUUUUCCUCCAUCACUCUGGGAGUGUGGUACAGGGGAGGAGGAGGAGGAAGAAGCUGUACACAAAGAAGCUGCCAGAACACCUACUGCCCCUUUAUCUCCGGGAUCCAAGCCCAAAGCUCAGGUGUACUGUGCUGGAGAAGAAGGGGUUCAAGCCACAGAGGAAGAAAGAACAGAGAACAGAGAAGUCAGAAAGAGCUGUGUUUCCCCCUCAUCUUCAGGCUUUCACCCUGGGGCCUGGGAGUGGUGUUUGGGAGAGGACACAGAGGAAGAAGAUGAGGACAGUGAUACAGGACCAACUGAGGAGGAGGGAGAAGCUGAGGAUCCCUGUUCCAUCUCAUCCACAAGUGCCCUCACGAGGGCUUGGGUGUAUCGACCAGGAGAGGACACAGAGGAGGAAGAUGAAGACACUGAUACAGGACCAGCUGAGGAGAAGGGCGAAGCUGAGGGUCCCUCUUCCAUCCCAUCCACAAGUGCCCUCGUGAGGGCCUGGGUGUAUCGACCAGGAGACGACACAGAGGAAGAAGAUGAGGACAGUGAUACAGGACCAGCUGAGGAGGAGGAGGAAGCUGAGGGUCCUUCUUCCAUCCCAGCCACAAGUGCCCUCGUGAGGGCCUGGGUGUAUCGACCAGGAGAGGACACAGAGGAAGAAGAUGAGGACAGUGAUACGGAACCAGCUGAGGAGGAGGAAGAUGAUGAGGGUCCCUCUUCCAUCCCACCCACAAGUGCCCUCGUGAGGGCCUGGGUGUAUCGACCAGGAGAGGACACAGAGGAAGAUGAUGAGGACAGUGAUACAGGACCAGCUGAGGAGGAGGAGGAAGCUGAGGGUCCUUCUUCCAUCCCAUCCACAAGUGCCCUCGUGAGGGCCUGGGUGUAUCGACCAGGAGAGGACACAGAGGAAGAAGAUGAGGACAGUGAUACAGGACCAGCCAAGGAGGAGGGAGAAGCUGAGGCCACAGAUACCUUCUCAAGGGCCUGGGUAUAUCGACCAGGAGAGGACACAGAGCAGGAAGAGGAUUCAGAAGCAGCUCACUCUGAGCCAAGUCCCUCCCUUCAAGCUCAGAGCACCCUCCACAGGGGCUGGACAUAUCGGCCUAGGGAGGAGGACAUGGGGGCAGGGGCAGUUGCUGAGGAGCGGGGAGAAGCUGAGCCCUGCCCCUUCCGAGUGGCCAUCUAUUUACCUGGAGAGAAGCUACCACCUCCGUGGGCUCGUCCUCAGCUGCCCCUCCGACUGCGGAGGCGACUCAAGCCCACAGAAACCCCCACCCGGCAUCCAGACCCUGAGACGUCCCUACAGUCUCGAAAGGUUCGCUUCUCUGAGAAGGUCUCUGUCCAUCUCCUGGCUGUCUGGGCAGGACCAGCCCAGGCCGCCCGCCGGGGACCCUGGGAGCAGCUCGCCCGGGAUCGCAGUCGCUUCGCCCGGCGGAUUGCCCAGGCCCAGGAGCAGCUGGGCCCCUGUCUCACCCCUGCCGCCCAGGCCAGGGCCUGGGCCCGCUGCGGGAAUCCUACUUCCCUUCUGGCUGCCACACCUGCUGUCCCCCAGAUCUCACCACUGUCCUCCAUCCAGGCCACACCCUUGAGUCAAGUUGGGGCAUCUCCCCCCACUCCUGUGUCCCCGUCUCCUUGCCUGGACCUCAGUGGGAGGUGUGGCUAAGAUCACGAAGUUCUGUGUUUCUAUUAUUUAUUUUUGUGUGUCAUUUUAUAAUAAGAAAUAAAACUUGCUGAUUUAUAACAA